AUGGGCUUGCUCGCCAUGGGGCGCUGCAGGCGUGGUGCAGAGGAAACGUAUGAGUUUCGGGAGGAGUACGCCGUGCUUGACGCUCCUAUUGCCAAUGCCGACCAUAUCCCUCUGCGCUUGAGCCCACAGGAGCGCAAGAUACAGCGCCUCAUGCGAGGCGUCAUUCUUGCCUCUUCCUACACGGACAAGGUUGACUCUGCUUCUGCCUUGAAGGUCAAGAAUCGCGAGCUGCUCAUCGUGAAGGAACUCACGAAUGCACUGACGGGGCUCAUUGUAGGGCUCGAUAUGCGCAAAGCUGCCCCCUUCGUGCGCGACCGCGAGUUCACGCUGUACCAGCACGAGAUCCGUGCCGCAAUUGAGAUGUGUCGGCGCUAUAAGAUGAUGAACCCUGACCUUCUGCGCACUGACUACGUGAAGUUCCUCUACAUGAUUCAAGACGCAGUGCAAAGUGACAUGACGCGUGAAGCGCUCGGCUUCAAUGUCGUGAAGGAGUUGGUGACGGUGGGCCGGUACUGUGAGAUGCACAACAUACAAGACAUCUUGCAGGACCCACGACUGCCUCACUGCAUCACUCCGGUGCCCCUCAUGAAGGACCGCAACUUGCUGAACCGGUGCCUGCGUUGCAAGGACAUAGUUGUGGGGAGGCUCGUGAAGCAAUACUCCAGUGAGCAUCGCCUGCCCGAGGACGAGGUGGAAGUAGUGGUUCGAAGCCUCAACGAUGCGAACUGCUUUUCAAACGACAAUGUUGAGACGUCCGAGCGACUCCUGGAGCUGCUGAAGCAGUGCUUUACACCAAGCUCGUGUACGCCGCUGACGAGCUUGGCAAUCGACGAGGGUGCCGACGGUAGUCGUCUGACACACAGUCACAGGAUGCAAUACACCUUCGUUCUGCAGAGUCUCUCCCUGUGGAAGAACAUGUGUCGGAAGAUGUACGUCUUGUGGUCCAUCGCCGAGGAGGAUAUGCUGAGCCCGAACGAGAAGUACGAGCUGCGUAUGACGGGGCAGGGGCUGCAGCGGGUGCAGAAGGCACCGAAGCUUUACAAGGCAGUUCAACAGGUGCUGCAGGAGACCAAGGAGGAGCUUGGUGAGUGGGUCGGGUCGGAGCGGAUUCACCUCGGUGACGAUCAGGUGCCGAAUGCGUUUCAUUUCAUCGACAAGUACGGCCAAGUGUCCCGCAUUAUCAUUCCCAUCCUGCGUACCUUAGGUCACAUUGACCAUCUGGAGCAGCACGCCGAGCACGCGGCCUACCUGCGCGAGGUCUGGGGUGGUGGUGAGCAGGCAAAGCGCGCCAUAUUGCGCGACUUCUUUCGGCAUGGCUUUGAUGGCAGCGGUGGAGACAACAUGGACGACGCGGGCAGCUGCAUCGAUGGCCGACUCACCAGCGCGUGGAAUUGGUGCAACAACAUUCGUUUCAAGGAGUUUUACCCACUCUUCCUCUUCUCCGGCUUUAGCUCCUUUGAUGGUGAUAUGAGUUUGUAG